GUGGUUUCUGUAUAUGGUCUUUGUUUUUUUGCUGGGAGCCGUUUGUACCCGUCAGUCACUCCGCUAUGACUUCAUGAUAGCAGAGAAGGUAUCCUUGGUGGGUUUCUUGUUUUUGCUGGGUCUGUACAUCUCAUCUCUGGCCUCCUGCAUGGGGGGGCUGUACGGAGCACCCAGGAUCCUGCAGUGCAUCGCCCAGGAGAACGUCAUCCCCAUGCUCGCCUUCCUUGGACGUGGGAAAGGACCCAACAAGACUCCAGUGGCUGCGAUUUGCUUAACAAGUCUCAUCACUAUGGCUUUCGUCUUCAUUGGGCAAGUCAACGUUCUUGCUCCCAUAGUUACCAUCAACUUCAUGGUGACGUAUAUUGCUGUAGACUAUUCCUAUUUCUCGGUCUCCUUGAGCUACAACAUUCAGCAGAAACCUGACGAGACCCAGAUGGAAAACGCUAGGCCUGCACACUCUUCCCAGCCUUUAAUUUUCAACAAGCCCUCCAGCCAUGCAGCAGAUGGAGUAAUUCAAAGCAGAUCAAACGGCACCUUGCUGGAAUUCACAAAAGACAUGGACCAGCUUUUUAAACCAUUUUGUAGUGAACCAGGUACUUGCAAAAAAGGAGGAGCCGAGAAUUUAACCCAAAAUGUCAAACAAAAGAAGGCAAAGAAGCCAGUGAAGCAGAUGCUACAAGACAGCUUCCUCCUGGAUCUCCAUCACGAUGCUCCCCUGGCUCAAUAUGACGGGGGUGGGACCAUGGAGCCCCACCAUGAGAGCCGGCAGGACUUGGCUGAGUGGGUCCAUCAGCAUGAUGCAGGCCUGUCCUCAUCACCCGCUCUGGAUGCCCAGCAUGCACCCAAGCUGCUGGUGCUGGGUGAGCAGCUCUGCAAUGAGGUGCCCGUGCUCCCCAGACAGAGGGGAGAAGAAUCAUCUAUAAAGCAACAAAAUCUAGAGCUGGGAAUUCAGCAACCACCGGAAUCUUUCUACUCCAGAUUCUGCAAUCACUGGGUUUCCUUUGUUGGUGCGGUCGUGUCUCUCAUCAUAAUGUUUGUCAUUCAGUGGAUCUACACCCUUGUCAGCCUGGCUGCAGCAGUUAUUCUGUAUUUCUACAUUGGCCAAGUAAGCCCAGGACUCCCCCUUGGGGCGGCAGCAAAUUUCAGUUUCUUCGGCUGGAUUAAGUCGGUUUUGAUCACCUCGUGCAGGAGAAGGCCAUCUCCCAAGGAGCAGAUCGUGGUGACACCGUCCUUUGCAACAGUUGGCAUGGAGACCACGCAGCUCACCGAGGAGAACGCAGACUUCGCCUCGCGGGACCGCUAUCACCAGUCCUCGCUUAUCAGCAGAAAGGAGUUCGUGAAUCAAUUCCAGUAA